UGUUUCUUUACCUUUCUUCUUUCAAAUUAUUUUUUUGAAUUGUAUUUUAUCUCCACUACUGGCUUAUUAGUGUGCAUUGGAGUCUUGGAGGGCUUCCUAAAAUACCCAAUAUGUUUUACUUCUACAUACUGUUAUAAACCCCACCCUACCUUAGUAUUAUUUUUGCUUUAAAUGUUACUUUUUAAAGAUUUAAAAAUGAGGGAGGUAAAAGUGUUUUAUAUUUCCACACGUUUACAUUACUGAUGUUCUUCAUUCUUUUGUGUAGAUCCAAGGUUCCAUCUGGUAUCAUUUUCCUUCACCUGAAGAACUUUCUUUAAUAUGUCUUAUAGUACAGGUCUGCUGGUGACAAAUUCUCUGAGCUUUUGUUUGUCUGAAAAAGUUUUUAUUUUGCCUUCAUUUUUGAAGGAUAUUUUCCCUGAAUAUAGAAUUCUAAGUUGACAGGUUUUUUUUUUUCCUUUAGCACUUUAAGAGUGUCAUUCAGUUGUUUUCUGAUAAGAAGUCAACAGUUAUUCUUAUCUUUCCUCCUCUAUAUAUAGAAUUUUUUUCCUCCUCUGGCUGCUUUAAGAUUUUCUCUUUAUCGCUGGUUUUCAGCAAUUUGAUUAUGACAUCUCUUGGUGUAUGUGUAUGGUUUUUUGGUUUUGCUUCCUGUUUGUUGAGUCUUGCUACAGGUUGAUUGGGCUUCUUGGCUCUAGUUUUCAUCAGAUUUGGAAAAAAAAAUUUCAGCCAUUAUUUCUUCAACUAUAUUUUUAUCCCCCUCUUUCCUCAUCUUCUCAGCUUCCAGUUACAUGUGUGUUAGACCACUUUGUAUUAUUCCCAGGUUACUGAGAUGGUGUUUCUUAAUUUUUUUUUCUUUCUAAGCUUCAUUUGGGAUAGUUUCUAUUGCUGUUUUCUAACCUUUUUUGGGGAGGUAGUGUCUAAUCUGUUAAUCACAUCCAGUGAAAUUUUCAUUUUAAACAUUAUAGUUUUUACCUCCAAAAGUCCCAUUUGGUUCUUGUUUAUAUCAUCCAUUUUGCUCAUUAUGUUCCUGGGUUUUUUUUCCAAUACUUAUACAUAGUUAAACUACCUGUAUGUCUGUGAGUUCUAUCAGAGAUCAUUUCUAAGUGUUUCUAUUGAGAUUAUUUUCCCUGCCAUGGGUCAUAUUUUUCUGCUUCUUGGCAUUUCAGUAAUUUUUUAUUGGAUAUUGGACAUUGUAGAGAUUAUGUUGUUGAGUGUCUAGAUUUUGUUGUUUCACUUUGAAAAGUGUUGGACUUUGUUUUUGGAGGUAGUUAUUUGUGGAACAAUUUCAUCCUUUUGGGGCCUAUUUUUAAGCUUUUCUAGAGCAGGUCCAGGGCAGCUGUGGCUCCAGGGAUAGAUCAGUCCUACUACUAAGGCAUGGCCCCUCUGGUUCUCUACUGAAUGCCCCACAUGAUCACUGAGGACUCUCUACUCUGGUUUUUUGGACCCUAAACAUCUCCGUACUUUUGUGUGUCCUGGGAAUUGUUCAGCUUUCUGCUUCCUGGUUGUUCUUUUACCAGUUUGGGGGAGUUUCACUAAAUGCAUGCAUGACUUAGUAGUCAGGAAAGACUCAAAGAGAGCCUUAGGCAGAUUUUUUUGGAGCUCUUUUUCUUUUCCCUCCUUUCUGGAACUCUGCUCUGCAAUUUCCAGCUGCCUCAGCUUCCCUGAACACUGGUGUGUGUCUUGAUGGAGCCAUCAUGCUCUGUUUGGGUCUCCCUUUCCUACACUCUCAAUCUGGAAAUUUGCCAUCAGGCCGAGAGCUGGGGCAAUGAUAAGCCUCACCUCAUUUGUUUCUCUUCACUCGGGGAUCAUGGUCCUGCACUGCCUGCUGUCCAAUGUCUAAAAACUGUUGUGUCACAUCUGUUUUGUCCAGUUUUCUACUUGUUUAUGGCAGGACAUUAAGUCUGUUCCUUGUUACUCCAUCAAGGCCAGAAGUAGAAGUCUCUAUCCAUCCCUUUUAACAUAACAUCUAAUUUUAUGUAAAAGUCUUUGUAGAGUAUCUGGGUUUUGUACUCCUUGAGCUAGUGUAAAAUGCUUUCUUUUCAUUUAAUUAUGAAUUGAAUUCAAUUGACCUCGCAUAAGAACAGAAUCUGUGUUCCUCUUUCUUUGAACUCACUGAAGUGGGAGGCCUAUGAUGCACACGUGUCUGUGGUAGGAUCUUAUAUUCUGCAAUCUGGAAGGAAAAGGUAACUUGUACAUAUUGUUCGGAUCUUUUAUUUAGCAAUUUAGUGUUUGAAGAUCUUUUUUUGAGGCUUCUUUUUCCAGCUGUUUUAUUCAACUUUUCAUUUUGUCAAAUAUAUAACAGAAAUGUUCUUGUCUAUAGCAGUCUCACUGUCACCUGGCAAAUUGUUUCAGUGGGGUGGGGUGUGGCCUUUAAAGGGCUGCUGGUCAAGAAGCCCCGGCUCCUGCUCUUUGUUGCCUCUCUUCCCUCUAGUGCCCCAAUCUGGUUUUUUGUUGCCCCUACAAAGUUGGACAGGAUCUCUCACUUCCUAGUUAUUUCUUCUGAUAUUCUUUUUUUUUUUUUUUUGAGGAGGGUUGGCCCUGAGCUAACAUCUGCUGCCAAUCUUCCUCUUUUUCUUUUUUCUUCCCCAAAGCCCCAGUACAUAGUUGUGUGUCAUAGUUGUAAAGUUGUAGCUCUUCUACGUGGGACGCUGCCUCAGCAUGGCUUAAUGAGUAGUGAGUAGGUCCGCGCCCAGGAUCCGAACCUACAAACCCCAGGCCACCAAAGUGGAAUGCACAAAGUCAACCACUAUGCCACCGGGCUGGCCCUCUUCUGAUAUUCUUUUGUGGACACUUCCUUCUUCUGCAGUGUGAGCAUUGACCUCUCUGAGGCUGGCUGCUAGGAGGCCUGUGGCCAGCCUGUCUCUGAGAGACAGUCUCCGUGCCAUCGGCUCUCCAUCUGUGUCUGUCUUCUCCGAGCUGUGCCUGGGCUAACAUUCAUUUUUCUUGUCUGGGCUCCCUCUGGCCUGGCUGUAUUAAUUCUUUGCCAGCCCAAUUUCCUCACUGUUUAGGGUAUGUUUUCUUAGGCAUACUCAUGCUCUGGCUUGUCACUUAGCUGCUGUGCAAGAGAAGACUCAACACAAUUUAAAACCUCCGAAAAGAAAAUCACAAGUCUCAUCCCAGGGGACCCAGAGACAGAGCUGCUGUCACUCACGGCUCUUUUCACUUUCCUUAGCUCCACCCACCCCCCAGGGUCUUACCCUUCCCCAGGAUGGAGCCCCAGGAAACCAGGUACUGGCAGGCCCUCUUGAGAUGCUGGAGGCCCAGGAUUGGGUGACAUUUGACAACGUGGCACAGUACCUCACAAAAAGGGAGUGGUUGAGGCUGGACCUUGAGCAGAGGACACUGGCAUAUUACAGGAACGUGACCUCCGUGGGAGUUCCUGUUUUGAAUCCUGCCUUGGUCUCUUGCCUGCUGUUGGUAUUAAACCCAUCCCAUAACGUGGACUGAACUAAGCAUUCUGAAAGCAUCUCGGUGACCCAGCAUCAGACCAUGGGUGAAGACGCCCAGCCACAGGAGAUGGCAUCCACAAGCUCCCCAAGAGCCAGUGAGCCAAGCUCUGAGGUCAAACAGAAUGGGGACUCUGAGGGGAGUGGGGGGAACCCCCAGAAUCUGCCUGUAGAACAUCACUUUGCGUGUAAAGAGUGUGGAGACACCUUUCGGCUUAAGGUCCUCCUUGUGCAGCACCAGAGAAUUCACAGCGAGGAGAAGGGCUGGGAGUGUGGCGAUUGUGGGAAGGUCUUCAGGGGGGUCUCUGAGUUCAACGAGCACCGGAAGAGCCAUGUGGCUGCAGAGCCGCGGCCUGGCCCAAGCCGGGCCGUUGAUGAUGCCAUCGAGAAGAGGGAGCAAAUGGAGAGAGAGGCAAAGCCCUUCGAAUGUGAGGAAUGUGGGAAAAGGUUUAAGAAGAACGCAGGCCUCAGUCAGCAUCUGCGCGUGCACAGCAGAGAAAAGCCCUUUGACUGUGAGGAAUGUGGCCGAUCCUUCAAAGUGAACACUCACCUCUUUCGACAUCAGAAGCUUCACACUUCGGAGAAGCCCUUUGCCUGCAAGGCGUGUAGCAGGGAUUUCCUGGAUCGCCAGGAACUUCUCAAGCACCAGCGAAUGCACACUGGCCACCUGCCCUUCGACUGUGACGACUGCGGCAAGUCCUUCCGAGGGGUGAACGGCCUGGCGGAGCACCAGCGCAUCCACAGCGGGGCCAAGCCCUACAGGUGUCCCCACUGUGGCAAGCUCUUCCGGAGGAGCUCAGAGCUCACCAAGCAUCGGCGGAUCCACACAGGCGAGAAGCCCUAUGAGUGCAGCCAGUGCGGGAAGGCCUUCCGGCAGAGCUCCAGCCUCCUGGAGCACCAGCGCAUCCACACUGGGGAGCGGCCCUAUGCCUGUGGCGACUGCGGCAAGGCCUUCCGGGGGCCCUCCGACCUGAUUAAACACCGGCGCAUUCACAGUGGACUGAAACCCUAUGAGUGUGACAAAUGCGGGAAAGCCUUCCGGAGGAGCUCUGGCCUGAGUCGCCAUCGGAGGACCCACAGUGGAGCAAGACGCUGCGAGUGCAGUGAGUGUGGCCGCGUGUUCAAGAGGCAGUCAGCACUGCAGAAGCAUCAGCCAACCCACCAGGAGUAGAUGAGGCUUGCAACCCCUCAGCUGUCAGCGGAUUCCUGUGGGGGACCUGCAUCCCUAGAGGGGGAUGGCAGAGUCAAAGGAGGUGAACAGUUUUGUAGCACUUAUAUAUUUUGUCGUCAGAAAGGUUGAAACCAAUUAUACUGCCACCAGCAAUUUAUAAGUGUACAUGUUUCCCAUUUUGCCUAUGGAGAGUAGAUUUUACCAUAUUAAUUUAUUUUGGCUAGUUUAAAUGGCAUAAAGUAACUUCAAGGUACUUAAAUCCACAGGCCUUGAAUCUGAGCAUUAGAGAAGAGAGACCUGGAUGUGGGGGUGUCGAGGGGGCUUGUUGGUCCUCUCCUCCAAACUCCUCCCCCCUCAGGGAAACUAAGACACAGAGCUAUUCAAUGAUGGCAUCAAUAUAAUGUGAUCCCAGCUUUCCCGAAGAGAAGCUCGCCUCAAAGUUUGUAGACCUACUUGAAUUUAUAAAUUUUUAGGGAUGUAAAUAGAAUACUCAAAUGUCUUAUAAUAUUUAAUUUAUUAAUUUAGUUAUACAUAAGUAUUGUAAAUCACAUAUUAUAUAGAAUAAUAUAUUAAUUUAGAAAAUACUCCUUUUUUCCCUUGCUCUGUUCCAUGAGAUCAUUAUAUUCUAACUCCUCAUGUUCAUUUCUGACCUCACUGUCUUCACCAACCUCAGAGCCCCUUUUGAGCCAUCAGACAAUUUCAAAGCACAUCCAGUGGCUUCCAUCCAUCUGAACUGUGUGCCAUGUAGCACUGUGACACUCCCCACACAAGACUCACUAGAAAUUUCGUCCCAAGCUGUAACUACAUGUUCACGUAAUGUUAGGACAAUUGUGGUUGUUUUCUAAUUUUCCCCGUAGCUCUACAACAUAACCACUUAAGGUGUUGCUUUUUUAAAUGACCUUUAAAAGACUUUUUCUAAGCAUCUAAAAUUUGUCAUUGUGAGGUCGUAUUCCUAGGAAUAAGUACUAAAUCUGGGUUAAAUUACUUUUGCGCCUUUUUUUCUUAAACCAAUUCAAUCUGGUGACUCCCAUGCAUAUCUAAAACUAGCUUCGAUUGGGCUUUGUUUCAUGGGUCUUGUCUUCAAGCAGCACGAUUUUGUUCAAAAUACAGUAGUGGAGAGAGCAUCCCCGUAAUAACAGGGACAUUUCAAGGACUCAAGUGUAAGAUGGCGCCUCCUUUGCCAGAACGAUAGCUUUUCCUCAUGUGGGGCCUAGAUGGUACUUCUCCAACCCUCCAUUCUCAGCUCUGUAAGACGGGGGUGAUCACAGGACUACCUCCUACGGUUAUCAUGAGGACUGGAACGCCGCACCUGGCACGGAGGGACACACUCAGUGAAGGUCAUCUGCUGUUACCGUCUUAGUUAUUGCUGUCAUUCUAUGGCUUGUUAGUACCAGAACUGGGGAUGGACCCAGCACUCCUGACUCCUAGUCUUAUCUUUCUUUCAUGCAAUGACUGAAAUACUGUUUCCGUUUCCUUGUGUGCAAAUAGUACGUUCAUCUCCUUUGACCAGUUGUCAAGUUACCUUUCGAGAUAUUGACUUUAUACAGCAGUUCUUUCCAUAUCGAUUGUGAUGAUCUCUUUUCCAAUGUUAUUGCUUUGCUCUUUGUAGCAGUUUUAUUACAUUUUUGUUGUGCAAGCAUUUAGUUUUUAUGUAUCCAAGCACUCAUUGCCCAUUAAGUCAUAACUGUUAUUGCUGCAGUAGUUAGAUAUGACAUUUUCUUCUAGAGUUUUAAUUACAAAUGAAAAAUUGAAAGCCCUGCCCCACCAGAAGGUGGAUGUACCAGAUGGGCAGGCUGGAUGGGAAUGGGCCGGAGAAGCAGGCUCGCUCCUCAUCCAAGAUGCAGACUCCGUGCAUGUCUGUGGGCAAUACUUGACUAUCCAACCUGGCCACUCAGGCACACGAGAGAAACUUCCAUCACGGAUUGGCCAGAACACUCUGACUGUUCCUCAGUAUAGCCCUAGCCAUCAGCAAUGGGGCCAGGCCCCACCUAGAUCAAUGGGAUGGUCCAAACUUGGUCUUGGAAGGCCAGCCACCCUUCCAGCUCAUGGGAGCCUUGGCCAUGCCCGGCAUGGAUUCAGUGCCUCAGCAGCAGAUCCACCCAAGAGACGUCUCUUCAAACACAAGAAGACUUACCUGACUGACGCUGUCACGUGGAUCACAUCCUCCUCCUAGCAAGUGACUCCAGAACUACAAAGAGGUCAGUUUUGUGGCUUCUGCUUUUGGCAACUAAGGGGAGAUUCACCCACGUGUUCUAACAUCACCUCCCUCAUCCACACCUAAUAGGGGUGACAGAGAAAAGGCUCGGAGAGGAACCGUGCCCCCCUCUGAUGGCCUGUGUGUCAUGGUGAUACAAACUGGCCACACCAGGCCUGGGCUGUGACUUGCAGCAGCUGUGCCCGGGAGGGACAAUAAAACAAGGGUUUGGAGGGCCACAAUGCCCUUCUGUGGCCCAAGUGGCACAGAAAUAGAAGCUGGUCCUCCUGGGGCUGGGCUAUCACUUCCAGCAGCCUCUCCCAAGAGGACCAGCAGAAAAGGCUAGCCAGGAACCUGGCCCCUCCAGUGGCCUGCAGAGCGGGCAGGUAGAAGCUGGCCAUGCUGGGGCUGUGGUGUGAUUUCCUGGCAGCUGUGCCAGGGGGACACUAGAGGGCCUGGAGAGGACGUGUGCCUCUCUGAUGGGCCCACUGAGGCGGAGGUGGAACUCCCCAGCGGGCAGAGCUAGAAGAGCUUCUCAGGCCCCCAUCCUGGGAAGCAGGGUCCCACAGUGACCCCUGUGGUCUUAGCCAGAAAGUACUCUGGAACGGCCCCCAGGCCACGCCAGUGGCUCUCUGUGACAUCUCCAUCCUGAUGCCCAGGCUGGAGAAAAGCCAACAGCACUUGUUACAUAGCGAUUCCUUUUGCUCUGUGGCUUCAGUUCUCUCAGUAGUUGUGAAUCUGUGUCUGAAAUCACUACUUCCUUCUCGCAUCAGUUUUCUCUUUUCAAGCUGUUGUGAUGUGUUUAAUGCAACUGUCAUUUGGUAAGGAAUGUUGACAUCCAUGGGGGGCAAGUCUGGCACCUUUACCUGGAAGUACUUGCCCGUUCACUAGUCAUUUGUUGGGUUUUAUGAAGGAUCCAGAUGCAGUAUUAACUUGGAACUUCGUGUCAUCGUCGUCACUGCUCCAUCUCCCCCCAGCCAGGGCACGAUGUCUUGGCAUCCCGUCAUACCCUCCAUUCUCGGUUCUAUAAUUUUCUCUCAAACAAACCUUCUUCUAGAGUUAACACUAAAGACCACAUCUUUUCCGUCACUGUGUUUGCGGGUGAAGUCCGUGCUCUCUCCAAACGCGAGCAGUCUGUGGCUUUACCAUGUGUCCUGUAGUUGCGCCAAGUUUGGUGUUUGCCUCUGGUAACUUGGGGGUGGGUUUCCUUGCAUUCUCUAGGUACACUGCUACAUCAAUGCAAAAUGUGAUCAAGCUUCCUGUUGUGUGUGCUUGUCUGUGCAUUCGUGUAUCUACCUCACUUCGUUUUUCUUUCUAAUCACACAUAGUCCUUUUGCACCGGAAAUGAAGAGCAGUUGGGUUACAUAGAAUGCUGGCUCUCAUUAGAAAUACAUCCUUUUCUUACAUUCUGAAAGAAACCAUCCAUUGCUUUUAUUAAAGCUUUGAAUACUUGCUGAAAUUUUCAAAAGAAAGUGUUUACCAUUUUUGCUGCUUAGGAAGAUUAACUGUGUUGAUUUGUUGUGUCAUACCCACUCUUGCGUUUCCACAAUGAGCCCCCCCGAUCGCAGGGGGCAGCUUUGUCACGUGGUGUUGCACUCCAUGUGCCCUGGGCUUCAGCCCUGUUGUGUGCCAUGUGACCCCCCCCACUUCCAGACCACAUUCAUUAAACCAGAACUGAACACCUGACUCAAGGGCAGCAACCGGUCAUCAGAGCUGGCUGGAGACAAUGGGCCAGGCCUUUCAGGUUCUCCAUCUGUGAAGUGCCGACAAGGAAACUGAGAGAGAAGAUUCUAGUUGGUGUUGGAAGAAAGAGGGAGCCGCACGGUAUUUAGCAGAGUUUCCCCCAUGGGCGGCACUGGCUUGAAGGUCUAUGGGCUCCUGCUAGGUGCCCCAGAGCUGCCUCAGUCCCAGCACCCCGAGGAGGCCUGACCCCGUUAUGUUCUUAGAUUUCUGGCGACUGCCCUCAUGGGUCCGUUUGUAUCCCCACCGUAGACUCCCUUGACUUGAGCCAGCUUAAGUGGGUCUCUGGUUUUGGCAAUCUGUCAAGAGCCAAUUGCAUUUUACCAUAUGGCUGCUUCCUGAGAAGAAUCACGUGGCUGGUUUUCCUCAGAUUCUACCCAGCCCGCGCUCCCAGCACGAGCCCUACCGACUCUCGUAAACACCUGUUUAAAUGUGAUACUAUGUUCUGUUCACUAAGAUGGGUAAAAAUCUCUGCCUUCUAGUUUCUGUGAGUUUGACCACUGAUUUUCUGUCUGGAUAUUGUUCCUGUACUGACCUCAUGUUUGUCCCAUGAAAUGCGUUAACUCACCCCCCACCCUAUUCUUUAUUUUGGAA